GCGGGAGGAAAGGAAGAGGCAGGUUUGAGAGCGCCUGCAACAAGCCACUCCUCUCUUGGAACAUAAACUCCUUCCUUAUUUCAUCACUUCCAUAUCAGCAUCAGCAUGGCUUUUGCAGGGAAAUACGAGCUUGAGAGUCAAGAAAACUAUGAGGAGUUUCUAGAAGCAAUUGGGCUUCUCAAGGCAAAGACAGACCACAAAGUGGUAACAGAGGUGGUUCAGGAUGGGAACGACUUCACCUGGACACAAAGCAUCCCUAACUGGACCUGGUCUAAUAAAUUCACCGUGGGUCAGGAGUGUGAGCUGGUGACGAUGACAGGCUCUAACUUCAAGGCCCCUGUUACAAUGGAGGGCGGCAAAAUUUCAAUCCAGUUCCCUCAGUACAACCUCACUGCGGAGAUCGUCGACGAUAAGCUAGUUAUGAUCUGCACAACACCGGGAGAGAAGGGUGUGACCUUUACCAGAAUCAACAAGAGGAUCUAAUGCUACAAGACUCAACACGCUUCAGUGCAUAAGGGGCUGCGGGAAGGCUUGAUCCAGUUACUGAAAGAAAAAAAGAGGAAUAAUGUGACCAUCUGUGCUGAGGAGGAAGUGAAACAUCUCAUUGAAGUUGUGAAACUAAAUUAUACUGUAUUUCUGAAUAAGUGGGUUUGCACCAUGUUCAGUGUGAUCCAGUAUAAAUCACUUAGAUAUAACAUUUUGCUUUACUGUUGACACGACUGUUGAAUUUAUGAUUGUUAUAAAGCGGCCAAAUGUAUUUUAACGGCUGAUUUCUGCUCAACAAAUGAGAGGAUCUUCUAAGGGUUUUAUGUGUUUUAUGUGUCUUGUGAACUUGAAAUAAGUAGAAAAUACAUGUUUCCUUCAAUUAAGUCAGUUUAGCAGAAGUUUAUAAAGUGUAGAAAUGUGCAAGAAAUUCCCCCACACUAUUCAGAAUAAACAAUAUGAUUUAUAUUUUGUUAGUAUUAUUAGUUGGUGUGGGACGAUAUAUCGUUAUAUAUAAAAAUAAUAAUCUGAAAAGACGGCAGAAAAAAAAAACGGAAGUGUAAUUUGAGGAUGUUUCUGUUGGUCUGUAACCUGGUUCAAACCUGUGGCUGCUUGCAGAACUUAUUAUAAUUACUUGAAAUAUUUCCUCAUUCUGUAAUGGUUGACUCAUGAAAAAGGCCAAUUGGCUGCCUGUGCGCCGCAGUCACUUCACUGGCUGGUUCAAGCUGUAAAUCAGUCAGGCUGUCCAGUUGAAAAAGAAAAUAAAUGUCUACAAAGACA